AUGAUACAUCUCAUUCGAAAAAAGUGUGGUUUGAAAUGUGAUAAAAUACCCACAAUUUUAUAUGAAGAUAAUGCAGCAUGCAUUGCCCAAUUGAAAGGAGGAUUCAUAAAAGGAGAUAGGACAAAGCACAUUUCACCAAAGUUGUUCUUCACACAUGAGCUCCAAAAGAAUAGUGAUAUCAACGUGCAACAGAUUCGUUCAAGUGAUAAUAUGGCUGAUUUGAUCACCAAGUCUCUAUCAACCGCAACUUUCGAGAAGAUGGUGCACAAGAUUGGAAUGCGAAGACUCAAAUACUUGGACUGA